AUACCAUAUAUUGGAAGGAAAGGCAUACCGACUCAAAAUAUAAUGGCGGUGUGUAAUUUUGACAUGCAAUUCACUUUUGCAUGUGCCGGGUGGGAAGGAACUGCACAUGAUACAAGGAUAUUUCUCUCAUCUAUAAGGAAUGAUGCUCUGAAGUUUCCUAAGCCUCCCAAUGGGAAAUAUUAUCUUGUGGAUGCUGGUUACCCACAAAUGAAGGGAUAUCUAGGACCUUAUAGAGGUGGUGUGAGGUAUCAUCUUCCACAAUUUCGGUACGGUGGUGAACCUACCGGUUCUAAAGAGGUAUUUAACCAUAUGCACUCAUCUCUUAGGAGCGUCAUUGAACGUACUUUUGGAGCAUGGAAAAAAAAAUUUAAGAUUUUAAAAGACAUGCCUAGUUAUCCAUUCAUUACACAAGUCAAAAUAAUUAUUGCGACAAUGACGCUUCAUAACUAUGUAAGAAAGCAUAGUCGACAUGAUAUUCAUUUCAAUAAUAGAAAUAAUGUCCAAAAUGAGAUGGAUAUGGGGGGGAAUGCACAAGAAGAACAUGGUAUAAACUACAAUCUCGGGGCACAAGAAAUGGAUAUAGUGAGAAAUGAUAUUGCUGCAAGUUUAAUGAGUGCUCGCUCACCAUAGAAGAUCCAUUUGAUAUUUUCAUAUGAUGAUGUGUUGAUAUCAAGAACUCUUCCACCUUACCAAUCUCGUUGGUGAUCAAGAAAUGGGAGUGAUUUUUGUUGGCUCCAUUUUGAUUCUCUCCUUUCCAUUGGAGAUUGAAUUUUUGAUGUAUAUAUUUUGGUAAUGGAAGUAAACUGAUGUGCUAAAGGUUUUGUAUCCCAGAAACAUCAAAUGAACUAUGUUUUUGCAUUCUCUACUAUCUAUGUAUAAGCAAAUAGCUCAUUUACAUAUUAGCUAUCUUAAUUGUUUGAUUGGAAACAAUACUUUUACGCGAACCUUCCAAAGGGGUACCAAAUAUCCCACUUUGAUGUUCCAACUAUAACCGGUGGCUACAUUGAUUUGGACAUACUAGUAGAGUUUGGUGGUGGGCAUAAGAAGUUUGGCAUUACAAGACUUCACAUGGAAGAUGAUGCAAGGAAGCUUAUUGAUUCAGUCGACGGAAGUUACUCAGAGGAAAGAACCCAUAUUUCCUUGCAAUAAUAUAGUUAGAACAUGAAAUAUAAUGUCAAAGACACUUGAAGAUGAUUACACACACAAGUAGGAUAAA